AUGUACACUCUUGAAAAAUCCAGUUCAUCUGGGACAUCCGAUGAUAUUAUGCCAAUUGCUAAACUUUUUUCCAGAGACAAUUUUGAGGGUGCUUUGGCUCUUACAAAUAUUAUUUAUUUGGAUGAACAGCAACAGUUAACAAUGAAUGAAUCAACACCAAUCCCAAUAAUAAUAAAGGUAUUUGCCAUAAUUACUUCAUUUUAUCUGAUUGUGUUGCAAAACGAUAUUUUAAAAUCUUUUAAACCAAUGCCAAGUUCCAAAUGUCGCAAAGUUCAAGAAAGAUCACCAUUGUUCCAUUCAAUUGUACAUUAUACAAAAAUGGCAAUUUUGGCCGUUUUUGUGAUUAUAGAAUUAGAAAACGAUUUAGUAAAUUUCAUAUGA